GUCUCCUCAUUAUGGAACACACACGGUUACCUAGCAACUGCGGACGCGCUUGUGAAUGGAAAAACAUGGCAAAGUUUGUUCUUGCAGGAAAGGCGGAUUGUCCUUAUUAUGCAAAGGCUGAGCUUCUGGCUGAUGUGCUGCAAAGAAAGCUGCCUGAGUUUCACAUUCACAAGAUCUGUGUGCACCCCAGUGACUGGGAGAAAUGGCUGGAGGACACCUGUGCAUCACAUGGCUGGGAGCACUCGUGCUCUCCUCUUGUCUGGAGAGAGCUGACUGAUCGUGGAGGGAAAGGCCUGCUGCUCGGAGGCUUCAGUGAUUUCCUUGAACAUGCUCAGGGUUACUAUGGCAUCACCUCAGAUAUGAACUCUGAUCUGAUGCAAAAAAUUUCAGCCGAGAAUCAACAAAUUAAAGAGCUGUGUAUAGAGGAGGAAAUCCACCGACAAAUGUCCCUCAGACCUCUGCACAUCUGGAUCAGCAGUGCUCUGAACCCCAUCUGCUACAGCCUCAUUCCUCAGUUGUUCUCCCCGGGGCUGUUUCCAGGUCUCCCCACCUUCAGCCUUCACCUCAUGGACGCUGACGGCUCUGAGGAAAUGCUGCAAGGACUCAAGAUGGAAACAGAAGACCUUGCCCAACAUCAGCUACAUGAAGUCACUGUCCAUUCAGACCAGACACGGGCAUUUAAGGAAGCCCACUUCAUUAUUUUUCUGGAUGACCUUCAGCCUGCGUGUGAAAGUAAUGAUGUGCAGGAUGACAAGGACCACACGGUGAGCCAGGUGGCAGAACGUUUUCGCUGCUAUGGGCAACUCAUCGAGGCAAAUGCACAAAAAGACGUACGAGUGAUUAUAGCAGGAGACUCCUUUGUUAAUCUGAAGUGCUCACUGUUAAUUGAGAACACACCCUCUGUUGACCCACACAACUUUGUGGCAAUGACAACUCAACUAGAAUACGAGGCGAAAACUCAACUUGCGCAGAAGUUGUCAGUAAAAACUGCAGACAUCACUAAUGUCAUUGUAUGGGGAAACAUCAGUGGCAGUUUCCAUAUUGACCUACAGAGGGCGAAGGUUUUCAGAUGUGAUGGCGCAAUUUGGGGACCAGAUGGUUUUUCUCAGCAGGUCCUGGAAAUGAUUUACGACGGGAAAUGGCUGCAGACAGAUUUUAUGAAUUUAGUGCAUAAACACCGUACCACAAUUUCAUCAAAGACCAACAAAGCCACAGGAAUAUCUACAACAAAUGGAAUAAUGACAAUUUUAAAGGCCUGGAAUAAUGAUGCAUCUCCAGAGGACGUCUUCUCAUUGGGUGUUAUUAGUACAGGGCAGUUUGGGAUUCCAGCAGGUUUGGUGUUUUCUGUGCCGGUGAGCUUCAGGGACGGCUGCUGGUCAGUGCGCUCGGACGUUACUGUGACAGAUGAGUUGAGGCAAAAACUUAACGCUUGUGCUGAUGAACUUAAAAUGGAGAGAGACACCGCUGCUCGAAUACUGAAGAUGCAUGAUGGACUUCAGUGACACGACUCGUCAUUAUUCUAAUCAGAACACUUUUUAGAGCUAUAUCUGGGUUAGUUAGCAUCUAAAUGCUUCAAAUGGCAAGCGUGGUGACCUUGGCUAAUAAAAAUGUUCAGCUCAAUACAUGAAAGACUGUUAGGCUUCAAUUCAAGUCAGGAAAAUUGACAGAAUGUGGGAAUACUGGAUGGUAAACGCAAUUUUUGAAACAUAUCUUUUGCUCCUACUUUCAAGUCGUUUUUGUUCAAAUCAUCUGUUAAAUGCAUAGAUGUAAACAUAAAUUCUCAGAAAAAAAGGUACAAAAGCUGUGACCAGGGCAGAACCUUUUCAAAAGGAACAAGUAUGUACCAUUAAGGUAACUUUAAUGUGUACCUUUAAAGUUCUUAUAUGCAAGCUUUAGGGGUAAAUAAGGUACAAAUGUGCUCCUCUUGAAAAGUUACUGCCUCGGUGAUAGCUUUUGUACCUUUUUUUCUGAGAGUGUAUGAGAGGACGUCAAGUCAAAAAUGUUGCAAACCACUGGAUUACUGGAAUAGAUUCUUACUCAACUUCUUGUGUUUUAAGUCUUUACAAACCUUGCCACUACCCAAUAGUGUUUUUGUUUUUUUAACCCUGAAAAGUUCUUCAUACUGGAACCUGUAAAAUGUCUUGUUUUUGAUGCCUGGGCAUUGCUGUGCUCUUUCUUUCUAAGGUGUUCUGAGAGUUUUAGUGUGUUGCUAUGGUGUUGCUAGGGUCAACUAGCCCAGGUAAAAUAGACCCAGAAAUCUGAAUCUUCUAAAUGCAGCUUGAAAGCCCUUUUUACUUAAAAAGCAUCCAUUAAAACCAUAGACCUCUGUAAUGUUUCCACCCUCAGAGAUUUAUCAGGUGCACUUAUGGAGAUUACAGUCACCUCUGACUUUAAGCAGGGCGACCAUCUGCCUUGACUUCAGCUGCCAGCUCACCACAGGCCCGAGGCCUUCACACACUGACUGUCAUUAUGUGGACGUUAAGUCAUGCCUGGCUUUCUCUCUCGCUGUUCUCUGAGCUCAGUCAGCAGAUAUUUAAUGCAUGAGAAAUUUGUAUUCUACAUCAUCCUGCUUCGUCCCCCGAUUUUAAACGUGGUAAAACACCCUUUAUUAAUUUACAUAUUGGAUCCCUAAAUAGUGCUAAUAGCGUUAAUAUCAUUGCGGUUAUCUUUUUAGUUACCAUUCUGGCCUUAAAGUAAUAGUUCACUCAAAAGUGAAAGUUUUCUGAAAAUGUAACGUU